AUGACUACGAUGAUUGAUAAUAAGGAAAACUCUCCAUCUACGCCCACCAAAACAAGUGGAAAUGGUUCAUUCCCAUUUUCAUCGGGCAAAAAGGUGCUUAAACCAAUCUCACCAAAUAAAUAUCCCAAUUCGAGUGUUGGUAAAUUGAACUUCUUACAAAGUGAUAACAUAGAUGAACAUUUUGAUCAUAUACACAACUCCCAUAACAUCAUCCUGGAUCAGUUAUACAAUCUUGAAGUUCAAACGAAACAAGCUAAUGUGGAUUUGACUCAAUUGGUUGAUAGACUGAGAAAUAAUAAUCUGAAUUUGAAUAAAUUAUUAGAGAAUAUUGCUCAAUAUUCUGAUGAAGUGAUAACUGAAGGAAAUGCUACUAAGAAUGAUAUUGAAUCAGUUAUAUCAAGAUUGGAUAAAGCUAAUUCUCUGAUUGAAGGUUUGAAAAAUCAUGAAGAAUUAAUAAAACAACAACUGAUCACAUCUAAUGAGAUUGCAGAAAGAGUCAAAGAGUCGAUUGUAUUAAGAAUCUCUGAAGCUCUUAAUAAAUCAGUGGAAACCAUUACUAAGAACGUUUCAAAUAGUCAACCAAAAAGUGUGGGCCAAGAAGAUAUAUUAACCAAAUUGGAAUUUAUAGAAAAUAAUCUUCCUGAAAGAGAUAUUGUAAGACAAAUAGUGGAUCCUAUUGUGGCCGAGUUAGAUUGUGUAUCUCUUGAUAAACACUCUCAAACCCUUUUGGAAGGUAUUAUGGAAAGUUUUGGGGAUAAAGAAGAUCCUUUUGCCAUUAUUCAACAAUUAAGAGAUGAUAUCAUUGGUAAACUUAAUAACGUUCAAAAUCUGGAAGAAGAUUAUAUUAUUGAAUUAGAGAAAAGAUUUCAUAAACAAGAUCAAUUAAUUUCAGAAUUGGUUAGUAUAAUAGGUACAAAUACGAAAAAGCAAGAAUUAGAAUCAAAAGUUUUAAAUUUAGAAACAAAAUAUGAUCAAAUGGUACAGGAUUAUUCCAAAAAGUUUAAUGAAUUUCAAAAGCUUCAAGAAGAUUAUAAUAGAUUAGUAGAAGCAUCCAAGGAAAUCAUGGUACCUCCAACUCUGUCACAAUCUCGCUUAACUAAAGUACGUCAAUUACACUUAUCGACCAUAAAUUCCAUUGGAAAUGGGUUUGAUGAAACUCCAAAAAAGAGAAUUCUUAGUACACCAUUAUCAUCUAUUAUACCAACAGCUAGUUUAAAUAAUUCAGCUGAAGAAGAGUUUUAA